AAAAGCAAGACAACAACAAUACUAAAUUGUACGAGGUCAAGAAAAAAACAUUGAAUUCUAAAAUUCCUCAAUUUCAUGGGAAACAUGAAGAAUACAUUGACCAUUUUCUCUAUUUUGUGCCUCAUGGCCUACGUUACAGAAUGUCUCUGUAGAAGAGGAAACAAUAAUCCUCUUCGUGAAUUUAUGAACAUGAGGAAUUUAAGAAAGCAAUCCAACCAUCCUUUCCUUACAAUGGACGAUUCAAAUGAUUUUAAAUCUUCAUCAGUUUAUGUAGCAUCACAGACGGGCAUGAAAGAAGCCGACAAAAUCAAAGCAUUGCCUGGACAACCGAAAGUAAGUUUUUCUCAAUAUUCAGGUUACGUUACCGUUGACCAAAAAGCCGGACGAGCAUUGUUCUAUUAUUUUGUCGAGGCCGCUGAGAACCCGACCAACAAACCUCUAGUCUUGUGGCUCCAAGGAGGGCCCGGGUGCUCGUCAAUGGGGUAUGGAGCAAUGUCCGAGCUUGGACCUUUUCGGGUAAACUCGAAUGGAGAAACAUUAUGGCCUAACAAGAAUUCAUGGAAUAACGGGGCAAAUGUCCUGUUUUUGGAAUCCCCAGCAGGUGUUGGAUUUUCGUACUCAAAUAGAUCAUCAGAUUAUGUGACGGGCGACAAAAAGACAGCUGAAGAUUCUUACACAUUCUUAGUAAACUGGCUCCAGAGGUUUCCAGAAUAUAAAACCCGAGUCUUCUACAUAACGGGCGAAAGUUAUGCGGGUCAUUAUGUGCCUCAGCUUGCCAACCUAAUACUCAGAAAUAAUAAAAUAAUUUCGAAGAAAGCCUUUUAUAUUAACCUUAAAGGAAUUGCCAUGGGGAAUGCAUAUAUCGACUCUGCAGAUACGGACAAUGGAAUCAUGGUUUACUUAUGGAGUCAUGCACUUAUAUCUAAUGAAACUUACCAAGGCGUGCAAAAAAAUUGCGAUUUCUCUUCACAUAAACGGGAAUCAAAUCUUUGUAGAUACUAUAAAAAACAAUUGAAUGAGGAGAUUGGUAACAUCUACCCUUAUAACAUUUAUGCAUCAUUAUGCGGCUCGUCUAAACAAUUUUCAUCGAUAUCGAAUUUCGAUCCAUGCACCGAUCAUUACGUCUUGGAAUAUUUAAAUAAUCCCCAAGUGCAGAAGGCUCUUCACGCUAACACCACUCAUAUAUCUAGGCACUGGGAUGGUUGCAAUGACGACAUUUUAUAUAACUGGAAGGACGGCCCCGACUCAGUGUUACCACUCAUCAAGAGCCUGAUGACUAGUGGCAUUAGAAUUUGGUUCUAUAGUGGAGAUUUGGAUACGAAUGUUCCAUUUACGGCAACAUUAUACUCUUUGGCUAAAAUUGCGUCACUCAUUGAAACUCGAUGGUAUCCAUGGUACGUCAAUGAAGAGGUGGGAGGAUAUGCAGUUGGAUACGAAAAUGUGACGUUUGUAACCGUAAGAGGGGCGGGGCACUUCGUGCCGAGUUACCAACCCGAACGCGCACUUAUUUUGUUUACAUCCUUCUUGAAAGGAAAAUUGCCUCGAGGCAAAAAGGGUUCUCAAAUAUAGACCAAAUUUGAUGGUUAAGACAUGUGACAGUUAUCUUUAUGGAAUUAAAUCCAAUUCCGUGAUUGUUGGAUUAUGAAGAAACCUAGCUCCAAAAGAACUAAUCCAAUGUUUUUUUUUCUUCUACUAUUUGUAAUGAAUUCGAACAUUAAUAUUACUACUAAGAAAAUAUCAUAAAGGAACAUUCGAAAGUUUAUAUUUCAAUAAAAGUUUUAAUGGAUAUUCCAAUUAUGUGUCCAUGGGAAAACUCCAACUGAGAUCAACAAUAACGUAUUCUGUCGGAUUUAUUUUUUCUUUAAAAUUUUAGUUUGAAUAUGAUGAUUCUAG